AAUAUUAAUUAUCAAUUGGAUUGCUGUUUAAAGUUUAAACUUGAAACUUAUUUUUUCAUUGCUUUCCUUUUUCCAUUCUCUAUUCAAUGUUUUGCAAAACAGCAUGUGAAUUCCAUGAAUUUGUGUUUUAGGAAAUGGGUAAUUUAGGAGAUCCAAACAAUGACAUUUCCUUUGAUGUGCUGUCUCGGUUGCCAACAAAGUAUAUGCCAAGAUUGAAGUGUGUUUCUAAAGGGUGGAACCGCCUUAUCUCUGACCCCAUUUUCAUGAAGGUUCAAUCACAAAAGAGAGAACCACUAUCAGGCUUCUUCUUCCAACAAAAGUACGAAUGGUGCAAUGAUGACAUCACGACUAUAAGCUACAUUCAUGUUGAAAAGCAAGAUGUUGAUCUGCAUCAGACGGUAUUUAACUUCCUUCCUGAACCUGUUGUAUUGCUCGCAUCAUGCAAUGGUUUGGUGUGCUGUCGCAGUUGCUCCCCUUUUGAAGACCCUUGCAUAUACAUCUGCAACCCCUUGAACAAUAAUUGGAUAAAGCUAAAAUGGGAUGCACCUAACAAAGAAAACAGCUUUGCUUUGGCAUUUGACCCAUGCCGAGAUCUCAUAGGCACAUCAACCAUGUUCAAAUUGAUAAGAGUGAAGCAAUUUGAAACUGACAUAAACGCCUUGUGCUUCUCAUUCGAAGUAUACUCUUCGGAUUCAGGGGCCUGGAAGAAAUCAGAGGAAACCUGCAAGUGCAAUAACAAUCUGCACAAGAACAAAGGCAUCUUUGCGGGAGGGGUUUUGCACUGGUUAACUGAUGGCGAUGAAGUGCUGACCUUUCAUGUGGAGAAUGAACUAUCAUGGUUGGUAUCUGUUCCACUUCCAUCCAAUGAGUUCAGGAGCAUUCCUGAAGCAUGUAUUGGUGAUUCUGAUGGCAGGCUGCAUUACAUUUUGGUUUCUCAAUAUGGAUUUCAAGUGUGGUUUCUUGAGGAUUACUUUGAAUCCAGGUGGUCGCUGAAGCUCUCUAAAACUCUGGAGGAAAUGGAAGAGCAACAUUCACAGUUCCUUUACAAUCUGCGUGAGAGAGUAACACAAAGGUUAGAAGUUAACAUGGAACCAUGGGUUGAUCCCUUGGCCUUCAAAGAUGGGUAUUUAUUGAUGAGGGUUUCUCGAAAGAUCAUGCUGUAUAAUAUUGAGACAAACAAGAUGCAGAUAGUUUGCUUUGUUUCCAAGUUGGGGACCAGCUCCAUCUUUGGCACGGUGCUUCCUUAUUCCUUGAGUUUGGUUCCCCUAAAUCAGGCUUAAGAGACCCUUUUUCUCUUCUUUCUGGGAAGCAAACACAAUCAAAAGUUCAGGAAGUAAAC